AACAAAAAAGUAGACGCGUACAACAGAGAAGACACGCCCAGCGCAAUCGUACUGAAGUGGCGAUAACGCUGCGACCUCAUCCGCUGUGGGGCAGCCUGCAGUCAUCGUAAAAUCUGAAGAACCACAAGAACUGAAGACCAGCUCCAUGAAAAAGCUUGACGAACUGAGUGAUGAGGCCUGUGCACUGACCCCAGGCAGCGCAGCCACCUGCGAGGAGACGGUGUGCAGCGCAGUGACGUGUGGCGAGACGUCGUUUCCGACGACAUCCCUGUCUAAAGCGGACGUAAGCAGCUUAGCUGGCGCUCACGAAGGGUCUUCAGCACAGACUGACGAUGACGCCUCGCCAUCGACUUCGUCUAUGUCCUCUACCCACUACCCGAGCGCUGCGGCAACGGGCGGAGUUCCGGGUGACCACGCGGCGAUGGGGUCGUCACGCCCGUCAUCCGUACGUACCUGCUGCAGAGCAGUGGCCCUCAAGAAGUCCGCACUCGAGUCGUCCAGUGACGUCGCGUCGCCGUCGACGUCGUCCGCCAGGACAAACAGCGAUGACAAGUCUGCUAUUCCGACUGAACAUCUUACAGCACCUUCGGACGUGUGCGACGGAACCAGGGCGAUCGCCAUUGAGAAGAAGCGGCGCUUGACGAAAGUGGCGAGCAAGAGCGAGUCGUCCUCGGCAUCUUCGCAGCCGUGGUCGGUGGCUGCGUCGGUGGUACCAACUACAUCAGAGGCCAACGCGAGCAACAGCGCUUUUCACAUAAACCUCAACAAGAGGGCUGUGCGGAAGCCGGCUCGUUUUGACGACGAGGAAUCUCCUCGUAUCAAGAAGCGAAAGGCGAAAGCGGCUCGUGGCUCAUCCUCAACUGCGUCACUGAAAAAUUCCCUCGUCGCUUCUGAUGACGACGUUCAGGUGACGUGGUGCAAGGACUGCCGCAAGAGGCUGACACCUUCGGAAGUCGUCGUCUUCAAAGGGGACCCUGAAGGCGCCGCGGAAGAGGUUUUAGCGAUCAUUGACCCUCGGCUGACGUCGUCGCUUUGCAACGAGGACGACCUGGCGCAGCAGCCACAGUUCAAGAUCACAUAUUUCACCGUCUAUGACGAGCACGGUCACGUCUGCCCGUUUGAUGGAGGCCUAAUCGAGGCCGACGUCGCGCUGUACCUCAGUGGACACGUGAAGAGUAUCUGCGCCGAUGAUCCCGGACUCCAGGACAGUGUGGCUGUCGCAAGGGCGGGUCCCAUCGUGUCCUGGUGGACGACGGGCUACGACGGCGGUGCCAACGUCGUCCUCGGCCUGACGACGGCGUACGCCGAGUACGUGCUCAUGACGCCGAGUGCUCAGUACGAGCCGUACAUAAAGCGCAUGGAAGAGAUGAUGUACCUGAUCAGGGGAAUCCUCGAGAAGCUAAUCCAGAGCAGCGGCGACGCCAGCUUCAACGACGUCAUGCAUCACCUGGAGACCCUGGAUGGCCUGCCGAGCGGCGUUGGACCAUUCUCGCUGGAGACGCUGCACCGGCACUCGCAGUUCGUGGUGGACCACGUUCAAGCGUACGACUCGGCAGGUGACGCCGACGGCGGCACGCUGCUUCUGGACAGCGCCUUCAUCUGCGAGCUUAUGCGCAUCACUGGCGCUGUCAUCAGGGACGCGGCCAAAGGGAGGUCGUUACCGUCCGUGGGACGCAGGGAAGCCAAGAAACCCAAGUCGAAGGCGGCGUUUGUCAUGCCCGCGGUGUGCAAAACACUGGAAGAACACUGCAAGGCCACCAGCAGUACUCCAAAAAGGUCGGUGCCCUCGAGGAAGAACAGAUGUGGACUGUGCGAAGCCUGCCUGGCAUCCGAGUGCAAGGUGUGUCUGUUUUGCCGCAACAUGAAGAAGUACGGAGGACCGGGUACGUUCAAACAGUGCUGCGUUCGUAGGCGGUGCCAGCAGAGGCAUCUCCUGGACAGUAUUGACUGCGCGGGCACCGACUCCAUGGACCAAGAAGUCUCGACGCUUCCCGACGAACCCUUUGCGAAGAGGGAAUUCGUUAAACGACACGGCAUCGAGGUAGUUUGUACAGGACAUUCAUUGGGUACAAGUGCGGGCAAGACUUUCUACCCUAGCUGCCGUAUAGGAAGCGAUGUGAGCCUGACUGCCGGAGACGACGUGAUUGUGCUUUCAACUCUGUACGAUACUAAACGCUACAUUGGCCGUGUUACGCAGCUCUACACUGACAAGGAGGGCAAAAAGUUCGCUCAUGUCAUUUGGUUCAGGCGUUACGAGGAGACCAUUCUUGGCAGUUCCUUCGUCAGUGUCGGGGGUGAGCUUUUCUCGACGACGGAAUGCGACGAAGUGCCCCUGGAAGCCAUAGGAAGCGUCUGCCGCGUCAUCUUCCGUGGAUCAGACGGCGCCCACACUGACGUCGCGGGGCUUGAAGAGUCCACGUUCUUCUACAGGUUCCAGUGUCACGUGACGAUUUGCGCAUUCACUGAGGCGGAUGCCAAAGGCCCAAAUUGCCUGUGUGCUCAGCAACAAAAGUGCGCCAAGACCCUCGCGUAUCUUCCGAAUAGAAAGGGUGAUUGCUUCUUCGUAAAGCCUAGUGCCAUCCGCAUGCCGCUGAACUUGAAGCUAAGUGAGGCAACGCAGGAAGAUACAUCUGUGCAGGGACUGUCGGGUGACGAGUUUACUGAAAAGUACAGGAAAGUUCUGCGUCCGCCGCAGAUAGAGGACUGCAACUCUCCGGACCCCUAUCGCAUUUGCUGCAUUGUACCAGAUCAAUCAGGAGAGAAGACGAGGAGGCGCAAGAUGGACUCGCCCGUACUCGUGCAACCAUUCUACAGAGAUUACGAAGUCUGCAGGGGAUCCAGAGACAACCUUCAUCUUUACCUUUCGCCAAAGUCUUUCCCUAUCGAUCUGACAGAUGUCAUCGCUCCGUGCGAAGUGGUGUACAGCGUCGGUGGAACCCUGGGCACCUGUUUUGACACCGUGCGCCCUCCGUUCUACUUUUCGCAGUGCUACGACGCGGAAGAGAACACAUACUCAGAGCCAGCAAGCGGGGCGAAGCAAAUCGGCCUCCAUCUCGUCUCCCGCUCUCCUCAGUCUGACACUCUCAAAUGCGUCGACGUCUACUGCGGUUGCGGUGGCCUGUCUCUUGGCCUACAGCAGUCGGGAGUCGCCGAGACCGUGCUCGCACUGAGCGACAACGUCCACCACUUGGACACAUUCAGAAGUAAUUUCCCGUUCGUGUAUACGCCUCGAUCGUGCCCUUCAAAGGUGCUUAGAGACCUACAAUCGGGCAAGGCUGGUCAUGGGCUGUCUGAAUUCAAGAGAGGUAAAAUCCAUCUGGUGUGCGGAAGCCCGUCGUUCCAGUCGGCGAAGCGUAGCGACGGACAGCCGCUGUCGGACUCCCAGCUGGCCACCUUCCUGGGAUUUUGCGAGUUCUUCGACCCGCGGUUCAUCGUUCUCGUGGCCGAGAGGCGUGCAGUCAAGUACCGCAACGGUUCCGGGCUUGCCUUGGCGCUCAAGUGCCUUCUGGACCUUGGCUACCAAACGUCCUGCAGCAUGCUCCAGGAUGGCUGCUACGGAAUACCGCAGAGGCAUCGGCGGCUCGUCAUCUUUGGCGCCAAGCGCGGACUCGCGAAGCUGCCGGCUUUCCCACCGGCCACGCACGCCUUCGAUGUCCAGGAAAGACACUUGUCAUUUGUCGUCGACGGGCGCGCCUACGCUAGUCCUCUGGCGGUCACGUCGGCUGCGCCGUACCCGAGGACUACCCUGAGGGACGCCAUCGGCGACCUCGCCCCUGGCGACGGAGCGGGGCCAGUGACGGAUUUUAUCCGGUUCCUCAGGAGACAUUGCAGACCGAGCGACGCCGAUUGUUUCAAGGCGAUGAACCCCAUGGCCCAGGCGAGAAUAGCGCUCAUUCCCAAGAUUCGCGGAUCGGACUGGCGCGACUUGCCUAACCGGGAGGUCCAGCUGAGCGACGGCACCACCGCGUACAGGCUCGUCUACACUCACAAGUGCCACUCGAGCCCGUACAGGCGCCAGCGAGGAGUGUGCCCGUGCGCCGGGGACAGUACGGCUCAGUGCGACCCCAUGUACCGCCAGGAGAGCACGCUCAUCCCUUGGAGCCUGGUGCACACGGGCCACCGCAGCGGCCAGUGGACUGGCGUCUACGGUCGGCUCCAGUGGGACGGCUACCUGCACGGCGUUGUCGCGAACCCCGAACCGCUGAGCAAGCAGGGACCGGUCAUUCACCCCGAAGAGGACAGGGUCAUCAGCGUGCGCGAGUGCGCUAGAAUUCAAGGCUACCCGGAUGACUUCGUGUUCGUGGGUCCAACCCUGGAACGGUACAAGAUGAUAGCAGGAAGCGUGGCUCCUCUGCUGGCGCUCGCUCUUGGCAGAGAGAUAGCCAAACAACUGCACUAAAUCAACUGUUUAGCAGAUUGGAAUGUUCGUAAGCAAGCAACAUUCCAAUCCAACGGCAAUCGCAGCACAAUAGAGUGAUUUGGUUUUGGCAAUCGUCGUAUCUGAGAGAUCUGAAUGUGAUGUUUUUCGCUGUUUGUCGUCGUUUCAAUUGUAGCAGGACUGAUAAGAUCUCGGCAGCUGUGA